UCUUGUAAAGAUUUUCAACCGUGAAUUGUUUGGGGAAAUUGCUGAAGAAAAAGAAGUAAAAGGCAUUGUUUCCAAAGUUAUGGAAGCUCGUAGAAGCAAAAGUUAUGAUUCUUAUGAAAUCCUUGCCAAAUAUGUAGGAAAAAACCAAGUGAUUAAGCUUAUUCUUCCAUUAAAAGAGGUUUUGGAGAAUACAACCAGCCUAAAACUAUCUCGAAAGGUGCAUGAAACUUUACGACGAAUUGUGUCUGGAUUGAUAGUGAACAAGGCAAUGACUGCAGAGACUGUUCUUCUACUCAGCCAUGGUUUGAUUAGUGAAAAUCUACCAUUGCUAACAGAAAAAGCAAAAAUGAAAACGGCAGUUCCUCCAGAUCCUCGUUUGCAACCAGAGAGCUGCCUCCUUCUGCCACCGACUCCCAUUCGAGGAGGUCAAAAAGCACCCGUGAGCAGCAAGACUAACAUGCAUGUCUUGGUUGAGUCAGGGCUCCGGCUGCUGCACAUGAGUUUGAAGAGAUCUAAAAUAAACUCUUCAGAUGAGCAUGUUUUAGAAAUGAUGGAUCCAUUUGUACCACUGCUUAUCACCUGCCUUCAGUCCACAGAUAUUAAG